AUGGACCAGUUCCACACAUCCGCCGCGGUAGCCCUCCGGCGCCAGCCCGACGUCAAAAAUGCAGGGGCUCGUCUACCGGGGUUGGAGGCACUAGACGACAGCUUGCUGGAGGAGAACGAGCAAUAUGACGCGCUGGACACGGGCUCAGCAGGGCACCUCAGACUGCAGCAGCAACGUCGCGUGCUGUACUACUGGCGUCUCAUUGAGCAUGAGAUGCCCAACCUGGUCGCGUAUCGCAAGCCGUUUGUGCCACCAAGUUCUUCCGCGCCUCUGGUCGUGCGCUCGAUAGCCUACGGUGGUGAAGAACACCCGGCGAGUCUGAAGCGCACCAUCGUCGUCCCUGUGGCUCGUCUGCCUCUGAAAGACGAGGCUGCGAUACACAAAUUCAAGCUCCUAACCGGCUCUCGCUGGACACCGGAACCGCCUGUCAACUCAGGUAUCUCACCCCUCGAGGAGAGCCCGGAGCAUGGUUACUUCAGCGUUUCCUGCGAAGACUUCCCCAUGCCUGCCCAGAACCUGAAAUGGGCUAGUGAUGCGCUGGACAGGCUGCUUACGGAGGCAAAUAACACGAAAGACAGUUUCGUGGACGUUCCCCUUGACACGCGGCACAUCGAGGCGAAGAAACGUAAGGAGGCCAAGGGAGAUCAUGUCUAUGGCCGCAGGAAUGUCCGGCCAUCUAUCAGAGACUUCCCCAAGGAAUGGUUGCCCACCGUCGAUCAGAGCACUACGCCUAGCCCACCUACAUUCCAGUAG